AUGGCCGCCCCGGAGCUCCGUCUGAACCACACCAUUUACAUCAACAACCUGAAUGAGAAAAUCAAAAAAGAUGAACUGAAGAAGUCGCUCUAUGCCAUUUUCUCCCAGUUUGGGCAAAUCCUGGAUAUCCUUGUGUCCCGCACCCUCAAGAUGAGGGGUCAGGCCUUUGUGAUCUUCAAAGAGGUCAACAGUGCCUCCAACGCUCUGAGAUCUAUGCAGGGUUUCCCAUUUUAUGAUAAACCUAUGCGCAUUCAGUAUGCCAAGACAGACUCUGACAUUAUUGCAAAGAUGAAGGGUACGUAUGUGGAGCGGGACCGUAAGAAGGAGAAGAAGAAAGUUAAAGGUCCUGAUGCUGCUGCCUCAAAGAAGGCUGUGCCUGCUGCUGCUCCUGGCAUGCCUGGAGUUCCUGCUGCUAUACCUGGAAUGCCUCCAAUGAGUCAAGCUCCUCGUAUGAUGCCAAUGCCAGGCCAGCCUCCUUACAUGCCUCCUCCUGGUAUGAUGCCACCACCUGGUAUGGCCCCUGGACAGAUGCCCCCGGGUGCUAUGCCUCCUGGCCAGAUGAUGCCGGGGCAAAUGCCAGGACAGAUGCCUCAGCAGGUCUCGGAGAACCCACCAAACCAUAUCCUGUUCCUCACCAACCUUCCAGAGGAGACAAACGAGCUCAUGCUGUCUAUGCUCUUCAAUCAGUUCCCAGGGUUCAAAGAGGUGCGUCUCGUUCCUGGUCGUCAUGAUAUCGCAUUUGUGGAGUUUGACAAUGAAGUGCAAGCAGGUGCAGCUCGGGAAGCACUGCAGGGCUUCAAGAUCACUCAGACCAACGCCAUGAAGAUCUCCUUUGCCAAGAAAUAAUCUGCUGGAAAUUAUCACUUGCUAGGGCAGUUCACCUUCUACUGUGUAGUUGCAUUCAGGGUCAAGAGGUAAAUCUGGUCAUUAGCGAUGGUCAUGUCAGUGUUGAGUGUCCCUAUGAGCAAACUUUCUGAUAACCUGAGAGAGGUAAGGACUAUUUCAUACAGACGACACAUUCAGCUUGUUUGUUUUCAAACCCUUGUCAAGAGGAUGAGCCUGGGAAUCUGUAAGUAGUUUUUUGUUUGGUUUUUUAUUAUAUUUUUUGUUUUAAAUCUCUGUUCAAAAGCAUUGCACCCAGAGUCUGCAUUCCCAGACACUGUACCUGGAGCUUUUUUUUUUAUUUUAAUUUUUUUAUAUAUAUAUUAAAAAUGUUCUUUUUGAACACGCA